AUGCGAAGCUACAUUUACUUGUCGAUCGUGCUGUGUCCUCUUUUGCUAAUUGAUGACGCCGCAGCUGGCGCAAAAAAUAGAAGGCAAAUUCCCGGCGGAGGAGGCGGGUACGGUACCGGAUCGGGCAGUGGAUACGGCGCAGCUUCAGGAAGUGCUGCUGACGCGAGUGGCUAUGGGUCUUCGAGCGGGGGUUCCGGUUCCGGUUCCGGUGGCGCUGCUUAUGGGUCAUCGGGCGGCUCCGGUGGUGCUUAUGGGUCAUCGGGCGGCUCCGAUGGCACUUAUGGAUCAUCGGGCGGCUCCGGUGGUGCUUAUGGCGGGGGUUCCGGCACCGGGUCGAGUGCUGGCUCCAACUCGGACCCUUAUGGCAAUAUGAGACAAUCCAACUGGUACUCCUUGUUGGAAAGCAUAUUAGAAACCCCAUUAAACUCUAUGCCGGGGUUGCAACCAUACUCAAGUCAGCUCCAAUCAAUCACCCAGUCUACAAGCUCUUCCAGCUUCAGUCAGCAGAACACUUCAAGUGUUACCACAACCAGUGCCAACACUGACCAAGGCUCGUCUGGUGGUAACUGCGAUACAAAAAGCUACGUUACGCUGUCUGCCACGUCCCUGAGCACUUUGAGCACUUUUUUUACUCGACUCGAUAAGUUCCAAACGCUCUGUGAACAGAAUGGCAUGCAUAAUACCUUCAGCUUGGUCAAUGAGACCCAAACCAGCGUUUCAAAAGCAAUGUAUUCAGUUGUUCAAUUGACUGCGACCAAGGAAGUUACCAGUUGUCAAAUCGCUCCGUCCCAAUGCGCUCCGGCACAGGAGAUACAAACCUACCUGACCACCUUUUCAGAAAAAAUGACCACCAUCGAGCAGACAUACACCUCUGAAAGUAGCUCAUCCCAGGGCACGAGCUGCGACCCCUCUAUGUCCGGUGGCAAUGGAGGCUAUGGUCAGGAUGGAAGCUCCAGUGGAGUUGGCGGCUCGACCGGAUACGACCUCAAUGCAUCUGGGAGUUCAAACAAUUUGGUUGGCUCUUCCCAGGGCAGCUCUGGCGGAACGUAUGGCUCAGGUGCAUCAGGUGAUGGCAGCUCCAACAGCGGAUCUUCACCGGGACCAGCAUCCUAUGGGUCCGGCACAGGCCUCCAAAGACGGGACUUCACAAAAACCGUCAGCAACUCAAGCACCGCUGACAUUUCUCUCCACAAAUCUACCCAUGAAGCGCACGAACAGAUUAGUCCCGCCUCCGAUGCAAGGGGAGGCGGCGCUCCCGGAUAUGGCAAUGACGCAGUCGUCACUAGGAAGCAAAGCUCAUCAUCCCUUUCAAUGAAUGGCCACACAAGCCAGCAAUCCAACGUCACUGUCAGCGGACAGAUGGGAGGGCCUUGUCAAAGUGGAAGCUCAAGUAGCUCAAGUAGCUCAAGUAGCUCAAGUACCAGUGUCACUACGUCCAUCACCCAAGUCUUCAAAGAAUGUAAAGAAAGUUUCUUGGUCGUGAAACAGGUUUGCACGGGCCUCACGACUUCAAACCCAUCUCAAGGAGCAACUGGUGUGCAUAUCGGCCAGAGCAGCACUACUACCAUCAACAUCAACAUUAUCCAACAUCUUGAGACUAAAAGUACUGCCAUUAACAACUUCCUUCAAAAUGUUAAUGGCGGAAGUGCAGCCAAUGGGAAUAGCAACUAUCCAUCUUCAGAUAGCGGAUCGGCCUACCCCAGCGGAGGUGGGACUAACAGCGGAUCUGGAUCCCAGUAUCCAUCUGGAUCGGACUCAUCUAGCUCUGGUUACCCUGGCUCCAGUAACUCCGGUUCAGCUUAUCCAGCGGGAGGAACAAGCACUACCGGCUCAGCGUAUCCGUCUUCAGGUGGAGGAUCGGCGUAUCCGUCUUCAGGUGGCGGAUCGGCGUAUCGGUCUUCAGAUGGCGGAUCGGCUUAUCCGUCUUCAGGUGGCGGAUCAGGCUCCCCUUCGACCCCCGGAAACUCUGACUACCCAAGUGGAGGCAAUUCCAGCAGUGGUUACCCAUCAUCCACCCCUUCUUCAGACAAUGCAUCUGCGGGUGGAGGAUCGGCCCACCCCGAUUCAACCUCCGGAAGCUCAGACUACCCAUCAGGCGGAAACUCGACAUCAUCAUCCUUUGCACCACCUAACCCAGGAGGUGAUUACCCUGCAAACCCUUCAGUGGUAUCCCCAUCCAGCUCACCUUACCCCAGCGGCGGAUCCUUGGGCGGAAACUGUGUCUGCCAAACUGACAGCCAAACCCACUUACGAAUCAGAAGCCUUGAGGCUAAACUUGAUGCGGUCCAUCGAGUAAUGAAGAAAAGAGGGUUGAGUGAGCUUUAA